AUGUCUUCUGAGCUACACCCUACUACGCCCCAAUCUUCUGAUCGGCCAUUCAAGCGCGGUUAUGUAGCCUGUGUAGGCUGCCGUACGCGCAAAGUCCGCUGCGUUCUUGGAAACAAGCCCCCUUGCGCGAAGUGCGUUCGUGAGCAUCGCGAAUGUGUCUUCCAAAAUACGCGCAAGUCGGGGAAGCAUCGCGAGGCUCCCAUAUGGACAAAGGAACACAAUAGAACUUCUCAGCAGUCAAAUGAUGAGUAUCCCGAGUUGGCAUCACGCCCGAACGCUUCCGACUCGGCCAAUGCCGACCACCGAGAAGUCGACAGUGGUGAUUUUGAGGAUCAUGGGCCGGGAUUGGAUAAUUCCUACAACGGAGAACAAUACUUAUCUCACCGGGUGAUGUCGUCUAUUCUGGCUCGACCAAGUGACGCGUUGGAAGUUCUUUUUGAUGCCGCUCGACCAGAAGAGUCUACCCAGGAAGACCGUGUACUCCAAUCAAGGCCUAUACUUCAAUCAUUAGGCCCUAAUCUGAGCCACAACUCAGAAGCCGGCCAGGUGUCAGUUUCCGAAUUAUCUCACCCAAGUGAGGAUAUAUUGGAUUUGUGGGAUCGUUGUCGGUUUGUCCGGCAGGGGUGGUUCACGGCACAAGAGGCGGUUACGUAUUUAGAUCUAUUCUACCUUCAUCUAGCACCACUUUCACCAAUACUCUCUCCCGACUCACUCAACCAUGAAAACCACGAACGCCUAGUCACGGAAGAGCCAAUGCUCUGCUGCACGCUUCUCACUAUCUCCUCUCGAUUCUUCGUUUUACCCGGUGCUGGAGGCGUCUCCCGAAGCCACUUCAUUCAUGACCGACUAUGGCAACAUUGCGAAGUAUUAAUCCGACGUGUGAUGUUCGGACAAGAAAAACAUUCAACCGCAAAAACACGAGUUGUUGGAACAAUUGAAAGCUUAAUGCUUAUAUCUGAUUGGCAUCCACGAUCUGUCCAUUUUCCCCCUGAAACAAAUGGGUGGGAUGGAGAACUCAUUUCACCUGGCUAUGACCGCCAGAACAGGCUGCAGACUGAUACUAACCCACCGCUGAUAAGAUGGCGGGAGGACGUUUUCGAACCCGCAAAGCGAUCAGAGCGCAUGUCAUGGAUGCUUCUUGGCGCGGCAGUAAAUCUAGCAUAUGAACUCGGCAUUUUUGCCGAUGGGCUCCCUGGUUCGAGUACUCCGCCAAAUCCAAGGGAAACUUUGCAGACUAUAUCGUUCGCACCGGCUUAUGCAUCGGCCCAGGACGUUCACUCGGCUGAGCAGUCCACACAACUCGAAACAUACUUGGAGCUUUGGGUGGGGCUUACUCGCCUCAUAAAAACAGCAUCAGCAAUGUUCUUCCAAUCUGCGCAAUAUGUCAAAAGCCAGCUGAUGUCUGGAAACUACAGCAUUCUACUCCAGCAUUUUGCACCCUCGUUGGUUACUUGGCUUGAUCAAUUUGCUUUAAAAUCGCCAGGCAGGUUUACUAGGUCUAUCCCCGACGCCCUGAGCUCUUUGCUUCUUAUUGAAUAUCACCAUCUCAAAGCCUAUACCAGCGCUCUCUCCAUUCAAGCUGUAGUUGAGCGAGUACUUGCACAAGGAGUUGGGCGAUUUGGGUAUCUUGGCCCAGAAGGCAUCGGGCCAUGCAUACUCCCUCAAGAUGAGAAAUUUAUUCACGACGUUAUUUCCGACAGUGGCAAAGUUUUGGAGAUUGCGACUAUAAUGCAUCAUGAAAGACAACUCCGGUAUGCACCUUUGCGGACACUGAUAUGCAUUACCUCGGCGUCAAUCUUUCUUUUGAAGGCGAUCAGCCUUGGUGGCCGGAAUGUCGACCUCCAGAAAUCACUUACCACCUUGGAUCGCUGCAUUUCGGCAUUGAAGCUAUCUGGAAUUGAUGAUAUGGAUUUUUCUCUUCGAUACGCCACCCUCAUAGAGAAUCAUGUCGCUGGAUUUUGCGCCCAGUUUGCACCGCCAUCUCAUCCAUCUUUUUCUCAGAACCCCCCCGAAUGCUGCGCAGAGGGAUACUUCAAGUAUGCUAUCAUCCCCGAAAUCAUAUCAUGA